CCGCUCAGCCGUACUUAAGCCACAUAUAGUAUGCGGUUAAUUCUCAAAGCGCCCUGAGCCUUAAAAUGGCGUCCGAUUUUAUCCUAGGGUGAGUGUGGGUGAUUUGGGUGAGAAGCCUGGAGACUGGGGUGAUAGAGGUGAGAACGGGGUGAGAGCGGGUGAGAAUUCUCACCCAGGAUCACCCACAUACCCACUUUUACUUGGAGACCAGCCCAUAAAUAUGAGUGCUGGGUGGCUGCCUGGUCUUCUGUUCUUCUUUCUCAAAGUUCAGCCGUUUCAAAGAAGAUGUCCCUGAAAGACUUCCAAAAAGAACUCGAGGAAAGAACUGCACGUGCUGCGUCACGUGGCUUCACCCUUGAGUAUCAAAACAAACGAGAACAAGAAAACAACACCAUCUGCCUUAAACAGCUCGCUCCAGCUACUCUCAAGAAGUAUGAAGACACAGAAAAAAAUUGGGCAUUAUGGAGACUUUCUCGGAACGAAGCGAUCAAUGCAAAUUUUUCCAAGAAUGAACCUGAUCCUACCCCUGAAAUUCUAAAAUCUUUUGCCGAGGACUAUAUUGCAACAAGAAAAAGGAUACCUUCGCAGAAGUCUGCAUGUCAGAACUUGAUAAACUUCACGUCAAGAUGGGAAAGAGAGACAUUUCGUUCUCUGCCGAGGCCUGUCAAGGACGAUGUUCUAAACUAUAUUAGGCAGGAUCUGACCGUCAAAUAUCAAAUGCCUACAAAGCCACGCGAGCGUUUUAUGGUCACUGCAAAGGACAUUGACUACCUUCUUCGGGGCCUUUUCGGCGACGAUUGGCACGAUUACAAGCACGAGAGAGCACGUGUACAAACUGGAAGUGCUCUUGCACUAUUUGCUGGCUCAGGUACUAGGGCCGGUGCUAUAGUGGAAUCGAGCGCUUAUCUUCACACCAACGAAUGUCUAUAUUAUGGGCAUCUUACAUUCAAUAUGAAAUGGAGUACUAGAGAUCAACUGAAACGCUGGGUGACGAUUGAUCCCGAGUUUCUGAAAGGAUGGCGCUAUCGCGAUGACAAAGAUUUACCAAAAAACUGGUUCAGAGAACAUCCGAUUCUCGGAAUGAAUUUUGUAUUCUGGGUAAUAGUGCAUGGCAUUGCUGAUGGCGCCUUUAAGGGUCUCAGUACAGUGGCAGACGUUCUCGCUGUGAGACCUCCAAAAGGGCGAGAAUCAUAUACACUUGAGUGGAAUGAGAACGUGAAGAAGCUUCCUUUCUUUAGGAUGGUGGCUCCAGAAGGACCCCAUCGAGAGAAAGGAUUAUCUUUUUCUUCUAUGCACUGGAAUUUCACGCGUCUAGCUCAGCGCGAGUGCUUCAAGGACCCACUGCGCGUACAUGGGAUUCGUGGCGCUGUUGCAAAUUGCAUUGACCCCAAGGCGUCGGAGGCGACCCGCAGCCAGGCUCUCGAUCAUCAAAGCCAUAACACAUAUAUUAAAUACCAAUCUGUGCUGAAGGCUUUGGAUAUUCAGGCCCUGUUCUUUGAUUUGCAGCCUGAUUAUGAAUGUCGGGACAUGGAGCAGAGCAUGGCUCACCACAGAGACCCCAAUGCCCCCCAGAGAUUGGACGCAGCUGCUAUCCAAGCAUUCGAAGAGAGAGACGACAUCAAAUCUAUGAACCGGAGAAUUGCUUAUCUGACUUCAGAGAUCGCCGGGGAGCCCCAGCAACAUAAGGAACUUGCUGCUGAACGUACAAAUAUAUACAGCAGGAAAUCCAAGCUCUUAGAAACCUGGAAGAAGGUAUUCAUACAAAACUGGUGGCAUUCUGCAUACGACGAAUACAUAACAGGAAACGAAUUCACGGAACGCGACAUGACCUGUUUAUUCAACAUAUAUAAAAAGUACCUACCAGAACGUGCUCGUCUGAGCCAAUCACUUUUUACGGAAACAUCAUUGGAUAGUGUGAUUGGUCAACAAUGCCUAAGGGAUAUGGUUGCGCUUUGCACAUCCACGGAGCGCGUUGUUUACUAUCCCGGGCUAUUACCCGAGGACAAUCGAUGUCCGACAUGUUCCAAGCUUAUGUCACAAAUUCCAUUCCAGGGGAGAGCAAAACAUAUCUUGCAGUGUCGAAGACGAUCUCUAGGUGGGCCACAAUACCAACAACGAUAUAGGAAUGAGAAGCGCGCCCAUAGGCGUGUCCAGCGGAACUUUGUGCAGUUCUGCUAUCUCUGCGCGGAAAUUUACUGCGAUGAGCAAGCCUGGAUUGGCCACUGCCAAAGCCACAUCAAUAAUCUUCAGCCUCGAUGUGGGAUGUUAACGUUCCGUUAUACGCUUGUUGCCCCUGGCUUCUGCCCAUUUUGCCUGGGUGAUGAAGACAAGAAACCAGACGAGAGAUUUCAACAGUGGGUGGCCAAGGCAACACUGCUUAAUCAUAUUGACCAACAUUUCGAUGGUUUGAAAAUCUCAACGACAUUUUUCUGUCCACAUCCUUGUUGUCGAGCAAAGGAUUAUGGGAGUAUUAUAAAUCUGCGUCGCCACUUCUUCGAUGCACAUUCUAUUGACGAAACGCGGUCUAACUGUGUGAAUCGAAAAAGAAAAUGGCAAACGGAACCGGAACUUCUCGCUGAAGACAACACUCAAUCUCACCCCGAGUACUCAGCUAUACAGGAAUUUUCCAAUGUUGACAAUCAUCACAAGAAAGGGAAAACGGCCAGUUCCGACGAGGUGUAAGUUACAGAGAAAUACAUGGAGCAUUUUACGUGUUAUAAUGAAAGCCAGGCUUAUCUGAAGUGGGCGUAAGCAUUAGAGGAUCGUGCCCCGAAACAUAGGUAGCGUGUUCUUGAAUGGAUCAUUU